CCGCCAGUCCUGGAGAGCGCUGCUCUGAGCUUGAACCAGGAGGCCUUGCUCUGCACCCCCACCCCACCACCACUCAGCUUGCCCAAGCAAGAAGAACCUUCCUACCUACCCAGCCAUGGGGGAGGACGGUGCCCAAGCUGAGAAGUUCCAGCACCCGGGUUCUGACAUGCUGCAGGAGAAGCCAGCCAGCGCCAGCCCAGUGCCCUCCUCCACGCCGAGCCCGAGCUUGAACCUGGGGAGCACGGAGGAGGCCAUCCGGGAUAACUCGCAGGUGAAUGCCGUCACGGUUCUCACGCUCCUGGACAAGCUGGUAAACAUGUUGGACACUGUGCAAGAAAACCAGCAUAAGAUGGAGCAGCGGCAGAUCAGCCUGGAGGGCUCCGUGAAAGGCAUUCAGAACGACCUCACUAAGCUGUCCAAGUACCAGGCCUCCACCAGCAACACCGUGAGCAAGCUGCUGGAGAAGUCCCGCAAGGUCAGCGCGCACACGCGCGUGGUCAGGGAGCGCAUGGAGAGGCAGUGCGCGCAGGUGAAGCGGCUGGAGAACAACCAUGCGCAGCUCCUCAGACGCAACCACUUCAAAGUGCUCAUCUUCCAGGAAGAAAAUGAGAUCCCUGCCAGCGUGUUUGUGAAAGAGCCAGUUUCCAGCCUAGCUGAAGGGAAAGAGGAGACUGCGGAUGAAAACAAGUCCCUGGAGGAAGGCUUGCAAACAGUGGACCUCUCCUCUGAUGAUGAAUUGCCCCCUGAUGAGGAGGCCCUGGAAGACAGCGCAGAGGAAAAGAUGGAAGAAAGUAGGGCAGAGAAAAUAAAAAGAUCCAGCCUCCGAAAAGUGGAUAGCCUCAAGAAAGCAUUUUCUCGCCAGAAUAUCGAGAAAAAGAUGAACAAACUGGGAACAAAGAUCGUAUCUGUAGAGAGAAGAGAGAAGAUUAAGAAAUCACUCACUUCCAAUCACCAGAAAAUAAUUUCAGGGAAAAGCUCCCCUUUCAAAGUUUCUCCUCUCUCUUUCGGCCGAAAGAAAGUCCGAGAAGGAGAAAGCCCUGCAGAAAAUGAGACCAAGUCAGAAGACAUGGCCGGCGGCGAGCAGACACCCAACGACCAGGAGGAGCGCGCCUUUGCGGAGGGGUUGUCCGAGGCCGCCGGGGAAGACAAGCGUGCAGAGGGGGAUGCGGGGUGGGGGCCCUCCAGAGGGAGUAACUCUGCCAUGGACAGCAACAUCAACUUGACUAUUGUGGAAGAUGAAGAAGAGGAGUCGAUGGUCUUGGACCAGGCACAGAAGGUGAGCUAUGAGGGCGGCUACACGCUGACCUCCGAGGAGGCGGAGCGGUCGGACCAGGAGCCGGUGCAGCCCGCUGUGCUCCAGGUGGACCAGACCGCCUGAACCCCGCGCCCUGCGCCCGCCUGUGCGCUCCGUGAAGUGGGAACCGGAGCCGGGAAGCCAGCUCCUGCGCAUCUGCUACCUGCUCCUUCCUGUGUGAGUGUCCAGGCAGUCCAGGCAGUAGUUACUUACUGCAUAGCAGCAGCGUACGUGUGACCAAGAUGUAUCAUGAAGGCAACUUGUCAGGGGCUCCGCUUCCAAUUUGCCCUCAGGUUUUCUGUCUGUAGAAUUAAUUGCUCCAUGAUUGCGCAGAAGACAUGGAGCAGUUAUGAGAACGUGAUCCAUUUGGCUUAGAAAACCAGAGGCUCCCUAAGAUGCUAGUCAUGAAAUGUGAUGCAUUUUUUUGUCAUUCCAUAAGCUUGCUGAAUAGUGUACCAGUAAUAUGUUGAAUUUCCACAGAACUCGGAGUCUAAAGUAUUCUUCAAGUGUAUGAUAGAUAAUAUACAUGCAUAUUUAAGCUAGAGACUGAAGUACUUUAAGGAAACAUUUUUUGAAAGGUAGAAGAGAAGCUCAGUUGGUUAUUGACUUAAUAUUGAAAGACUGAAAAUGAGCUAAUGAAGUAGAUUGUAUAAAGUCGGGAAUAUUAGAAAAAGAAAACUAAUAUUAGGAAAAUAAGAGACAUAGGAAAUAAAGAAUGUCAAAGAGAAUAAAGACAAAGAAAGAAAACAGUAUGUGCUUAAAAAUAUUUACCAUAUUAGCUCAACCAUUUCACUCCUUAAUGUUAUAUCUUCGUAUUUUUAUUUUUUAAUGUUUUCAAACAAUACCAAAAACACCAUAGUGUGUUAACAGUUUUUUUUUCCUUAAUAAGUAAGAUAUGCUACAAAUAUUUGAGACAAUUCAAAAGAAUGUUAUCUUGUUAACCUUGGAAUGAACAUAAAUUUUCAAAAUUAAUAUGCACCACAUUUUGUAAGAAGUUGGAUCAUACUGUUCUUUAAGGUAGUAUUUUCUAAAUUUGAGGUAAUGCUCACAUUCCAAAUGAUGUAAUGUAGGUUUAUGAUGAUGUUAAAAUCAAUGGGUUUGGGAAGAGGAUUCUGGUCUUCCUUUUUGUACAUAAUGGUAAUUUCAUUCCAGCCAUAUAUUGUAUUUACAUAUUAAUUUCACAAAUUAUUAAUAUGUUUCCUCUUAAAGCAUGCUAGUGUUUAUAUGUGCACAUUUAUUCAGACAGGGUAAUUUUUACUACUGCCCAAUAUUAUUAAAAUAUUGCUUUAUGUGUUUUUAAUUGCAGAAUGCUAAUCUUUGGAUAUUAAAUUAUAGUUAAAAGAUAGUUGUACCAGGGAGCAAAUUCCCUACCUAUACUAAGUACCACUAUGAGUAAUGUUACAAAUACAGGUAACCUAAGACAAUAUUAACGAAUUAUGCUUUCUCUUAUAAAAGUGAUAGAAUUCACAAAUGUACUGAUGACAUUACCUAUGCCCUUCUUUUGCAAUAAUGUACCAAAUAUUGGGUUGUUGAACUAACACUGGCUAUGUUAAAGACUAAAUAAACCAAAAAUAAAAAGAAUAUAACCAUGUCAGUUUUUUGGCAGAACAAUUUUAGAAGCAGAAAGAAUUGAUUUUUAAACUCUCCUUCAAAUGUAACCAUAAUGGUGAUUGUUUCACUCUUGAUUUCCCCUGUUAACUCUGCUUUCUUUUUUCCCUGAUCUCAUUUAGAAAUCCAAGUCUCAUUCUCCAAGUUUAACUUUCUUGACAUCACCUUGCCAACUUGGAGAUCAUCUGAAUUUAUUGCAGCAGUUUGAUGAAUUUGAUCGUUCCAUCUGCAUUUUUAUUGUUUUAUACCAGACCUUAUAAUGCCUUAAAUAGCCCUGCAAACAUGAAUGUAUUGAACUGUAUGUUCAGUUUAUUCACAGAGAUAAACUUUUGUCUUCUGGAGUGCCACAUACUUGGUAGAAGACUUAAUUUCACUCCAGGCCCUAAUCGUGUCUGUUUAUGAAGUUGCUGUCUCUGCGUGCAGCUAAGGAAUUGGAGGAUCCAAUGCAAAGAGUUGGGGGACCCAGGGCUAAUGUAAUGUUUACAUUUCCUUUUCAAAAGUAUUUUCUUUCAUUUCUUCCUAUAAACUAUCUGCAUGUCUUUGUAAAACUACACUCAAGCAUCUCUUUUAGAUUUUACUGACAAUCACAUUUAUUCUGUGUUUCACAUUUGAAGCAUUAAAAUCCCAAAUAAUAAAACAGAAUCAGGCCAGAUAGUUGUUGGGAGAUACAGACUGAAGGAUUAGAGAGAGCAACAGUGGUGGAAAUGGAAGAAAUUUAUUCU